CAGGAAGUAAUGAUAAGACGGAGGGCUCCUGAUGGCAUCCCCCAGCAACCAUGCGGCGCUAUGAAAUUUGAGGUCCCUCAAACGGAGGACAACAAGCCACGGAACAUCUUGGAAGAGAUUAUCUGGUGGAAGGCACAGGAAAUGGUGCGGAUGAAGGAGAAGGAACCGCUGGCAAGGUUGUCAAUGCAAAUCAAGGUCGCAGCUCCCUCGCGGGACUUUAUUGGAGCGCUGCGGGCAGCCAACGAGCGGAUAGGCAAGCCGGGCCUCAUUGCCGAAGUGAAGAAGGCCUCUCCCAGCCGCGGCGUGAUCCAGCCAGACUUUGACCCUGUCAGGAUAGCAAAGGCAUAUGAGGCGGGCGGCGCGGCGUGCCUGUCGGUGCUGACGGACGCCAAGUACUUCCAGGGCAGCUUUGACUACUUGAAGCAGAUCCGCGCGGCGGGAGUGUCCACCCCGCUCCUGUGCAAGGAGUUCAUCGUGGAGGCGUACCAGCUGUUCAAGGCCCGCGCAAGCGGGGCCGAUGCGGUGCUGCUGAUCGCAGCAGUGCUGCCCAACGCUGACCUGGCCUACCUGACCAAGGCCGCCGGCAAGUGCGGGCUGCAGGUCCUUGUGGAGGUGCACACCAUUGCAGAGCUGGAGCGGGUGCUGAAGCUUGACUUGGACAGCAGCCACGUCAUGCUGGGCAUCAACAACCGCGACCUGCAGACCUUCGAGGUCGACAUUGAGAACAACAGGAGGAUCAUGGAAAGCAGCGCUGGACAGCAGGUGAUAGCGCGAGGGUUCUUGAUGGCUGGGGAGAGUGGCAUCUUCACUCCGGAGCAUGUGGCAUUUGUGCAGAGCACUGGGUGCGGUGCAAUCUUGGUGGGAGAGUCUCUCGUUAAGGAGGGCAAUCCAGAGGCUGCCGUGAAGAAGCUGCUCAGCUUAGCAUAG